AUGAAAGAACUAGGAAUGAAUGAGAGAAGUUGUGAAGGAUGUUUGAGUCAAAACACAUGGUUCUUCAGAGCUGUUAAGAAACUUAGUAAAGAACGACAGAAAUAUUUUAUAGAGAAGUAUUGCAAAGGACAUGUAAAUGAAUUGCUUGAAAUAGAACUUAGAGACACUUUCACACUAAAGGACUUGAGAAGAAAUAAGUACAUGAGUGAAGAAGGUAUUGACAUAGUUAGUGUUAUAAAUGACUUAAGAAGAUGUGUUGUCGUUAUUGACGGAGCACGUAUGACAUAUCUAGUGAAAGAUUAUGAUGGAAUACGAGACACAACAACACUUGUGUCAGUAGAUAGCAAGGAAUUCAAUAAGCUCAUGAAGAGUGUUUAUGUAGGACGUAUUGAGGAGAAGGAUGUGAACGCACUGAUGAUUUAUGAAGCGGGUCAGAACAAGAACUAUCUUAUGAAGUCAGGCAUGAGAUUCUUUGACGAAAGAGAUGACAUUUACAGCUAUUUCAGAGGAUAUGAGUAUGAGGUACUGAAUGAAGUAGAUGAAAGCGUUAUUGAAGGAUAUUUGAAACAUGUUCACGAUGUCAUAUGUAAUGAGGAUGAAGAGCUUUAUGAGUAUGUUUUGAACUGGUUCGCCUACAUCGUUCAAAAUCCUUGUGGAAAGACUGGAACAGUACUUUUGUUAAUAGGAAAGCAAGGAACUGGUAAGAAUGUACUUAGUAAUGUUCUAUGCGAGCUCAUUAGCAAGUACGCCAACAAUAAUAUAACGGCAAUAGAGAAUGUGGUUGGUAGAUUCAAUGCUGCUAUUGAGAACAUGAAGCUCAUCGUAUGCAAUGAACUAAGCUCAUGCGAUACGUCUAAGGUCAUGAACCACGACGCACUAAAGUCAAUAGUAACAGAGACUCAGUUGGACUUAAAUCAGAAGUGUCAGCCAGUAAGAAAGAUAGAGAAUGUUUGUAAUAUCAUCAUGAUAUCUAACAACUUCAACUCAGUAAAGAUUGACAAAGACGACAGAAGAUUUGUUGUCAUUGACGUAAGCAGCAGAUACAAAGGAAAUUACGAAUAUUUCUCAAAUCUCAUUGAAAGCUUUAAUGAAGAGUUUUAUUCAAACUUACUGACGUACUUCAUGAGGAAAGAUUUAAGUGAAUUUGAUGUAAGGAAGAUACCAUUCACCAGGGCUAAACAAGAACUCAUCGAAAUGAACAAAACACCUUACCAAAUGUUUUACGAGGAGUUCUAUGAAAAGUUUGUAUCCGGAUGGAAUUGUACAGAGUGCUACAGAAGAUAUAAAGAAUUUGCGAAGGAGAAUGAAUUCUUUGCAUGUAGUUCAAAUGUAUUUGGUGGCAAGAUGAGAGAAUUUGUGAAAAGAAGUAGAAAGCGAGACGGUUCUGCAAGAA